CGGGCACGCGCAGGGUUUUUUCACACUUUUGUAAACAACAUGGCGAUUCAGGGACUAGCCCCGCUAGCCGCUGAUUAAAACACACUGUGCUGUCAAACUACAGCUGUUUGGCGUUAUAAAUGUAAACGUUAGACCUUUGCGGAAGUUACGCGUCGGGCACAUUGUUGAGUUGGCACCGAAACGACAAAGAGCUGCACCGACGAGCUGUCAAGAAGAGCGUUUGACAGUCAAACGGCCCUCUUCAGUCUAUGGGCUCUCAGUCCAGUUCUGGGAUGUCUGGUGGAAGGGGCUCUUCUAGUGGCAACCCAGCGGAUCAGCCUGAAGGAGCAGAAUCAAACCAGAGCAACAGCAGCAGCAGCAGCAGCAGCAGCCGAGGCCGCAGGACGGCCGACAGGCAGCAGGGAGACAGACAGACAGCAUCAGAGGAGGACGUUGACUUAGCUGAAGUGCUGGCUUACCUACUAAGGAGGGGCCAGGUCCGACUGGUCCAUGGCAGUGGAGCCACAGGGCUGCAGCUGGUCCAGUCCUACUCUGACUCUGAUGAGGACAGCGACGGCGCCUGGGAGGGUCGGCUGGGGAACCGCUACAAUCCACCAGUGGACGCCCAACCAGACACACAUGAAGUGGACCAAAGUGAGAUCCGAACUCAGAUCAUGCUGGCCACCGGCUCCUCUACCCUGAAAGGCCGACACAGUUUCACCCACAUGCUAACAGAGAGGGAACAAGGCAGAUGUAGAGGCUCUAGUUUUUCACAUGGAGAGUGCAGUCGUAUCCGCACACAUUUUCUGCCAAACUAUGUAUCCCACAAGGAUACGUACCAACAGAAAGCCUUCUGUGGAGUGUACAGCGAGGAUGGCAACAUGUUCCUCUCCGCGUGCCAAGACCAGAACGUCCGCUUGUACGACACCACCAGGGGGCGCUUUCACCUCCGGCGAACAGUGAAGGCUCGGGAUGUGGGCUGGAGUGUUCUGGAUGUCUGCUUCACCCCUGACGCACAACAUGUGCUCUACUCCAGCUGGUCAGACUACAUUCAUAUGUGCAGUAUAGAUGGAGACAGUGAAAACCACACCGCGCUGGACCUCAAUCCCGAUGAGAGGAGGUUCUGUGUGUUCUCACUGGCUGCGUCCACAGAUGGCAACGAGAUCCUGGGAGGAGCAAAUGAUGGCUGCCUUUAUGUUUUUGAUCUCGAGCAGAAUAAACGAACGCUGAAGAUUGAUGCCCACGAGGAUGAUGUGAACGCGGUGGCGUUUGCCGACAGCUCGUCCCAGCUGCUCUUCUCCGGCAGCGACGACGCACUGUGCAAGGUGUGGGACAGAAGGACGCUGCGGGAGGACAGACCGCAGCCUGUUGGACAGCUGGCCGGCCACCGAGACGGCAUCACCUUCAUCCACAGCAAGGGUGACGCACGCUAUCUGAUCAGCAACUCCAAGGACCAGUCCAUCAAGCUCUGGGACGUCCGGAAGUUCUCGCCCAAAGAGGGUUUGGCAGCUUCCCGCCUCGCUGUCACCCAACAGAACUGGGACUACCGCUGGCAGCAGGUUCCCCAGAGAGCACUGAAGAGACACAAGCUGACAGGCGACACCUCGGUGAUGACGUACCGCGGCCACGGCGUUCUGCACACCCUUGUCCGCUGCCGUUUCUCUCCAGAGUUCAGCACUGGGCAGAGGUUCAUCUACUCCGGCUGCUCCACCGGCAAAAUCAUCAUUUAUGAUGUCCUGACGGGCACCGUGGUCUCCAGACUGUCGGGCCAUGACGCGUGUGUGAGGGACGUCAGCUGGCACCCGUACGAGGACAACAUCGUCAGCAGCUCCUGGGACGGAGCGGUGCGAAUGUGGGAGCACAGACAGACCCAUCCGCUAGAGGAGGAGAGAGAGCGGGAGAGCGAGUCAGAGACGGCCCUAAAACAGGAAGGCAAUACGCUCAGAAGGACUGGGAGAGACUUUCUUUUAAAUUCAAUGCUGGAUAUUAAUGAUUACAGUUAUAGCGUGGUUGUGCAGUGUUCAUUUGGAAGGCAUUCUAGCCUUACGUUGUCAAGUGCAGUGGGACGGCCUACUUCUGUUUUUGCCUCACUGUCAGCAGACCAAAGCUUUUGAAUUUGGCCUGAAACACUUCGCACAACAUGUGCUGUAGCUCGCUGAGCACAGCACUUACUUAAUGACCUAUUGAAACAUAUUGGUAAGUAAGCUAUUUAGAACCCAAUAGUGGAUAUGGCAGGGAGAAACUGACAAUUCUGAUUCUGUAUAAAUGUAUAGUAUUUGAAUGGUUUGUGCAUUCAGGGGGUGUAUUUAGAGAGUUGUCUGUGUGCCCAUUUGGACUUUCGCCCUUGAUGUUAAGAAUAACAUGAUCUGUGUCCUAUUUGAGGGGCCGUCACGUUCAAAGUCCACAGUUCAAGAAUAAAUAUAUUAUAAUAUUCCAGUACGUUAAUUACCAGUUGCCCUAAAUCAUGACUCCUAAACCUGCAACCAUUGCUCCACCACUUGGUUAGCUGGCAACUCUAUGGUGAUCAACUUCCUAUGUCGGGGGAAAAAUUCCAAAAGCACACCAAAAUGACCAGGACGCCCCAGAAACACACUGUAAGUUUUACUGUCAAAGUCACAAUGAUCUUAUUUGAAAACGUCUUUAGUUAGACUCACGACAGCCCCUGUUCUCAGACACUCAGAGUCUAAGGUUUUCUUAUUGAUCCUGCGUCAACACUCAACUCUGUACACACAAGCCCUGGGUGGAUAAAACAAAACAAGAGUAAUCGUGUUGGCCAAUAUAAACCUGUGAUCUGUUUCUAAGAUUUGAAUGUGUGUGAUAAUAUGUCAUGAAGUCAAGACUUGGUGAAGGGACAGGAGAUGUGUGCGUGGAUCAAAACGGACACACUGAUCUGUAUAUGCAAUUUUCAGGUGUUUAUAUCAAAGCUCACUCUCAGACCGUUGUUUUACAGUAACAAUUAAACCUUUCAAUGUAUCGCAAC